GACAGAAAGUGAGAGCUAGGCAGCGCUCUGGAAGCCUAGCCGGUCAUUGCUGUGAUAUUCUGACUGCCCCAGCGGCUGAGAGAGAGGGCGCGUGACAGAAAGAAAGAAAGAGAGAGAAAGAGAGAGAGAGAGAGAGAGAGAGAGAGAGAGAGAGAGAGAGAGAGAGAGAGAGAGAGAGAGAGAGAAGGAUAGAAGACUAGAAGCCUCUUUCCAUUCUAUGAAAAACAAGUUCCCAAAUAGAGCAUCAACAGCAAAGUGCGGAGUGGAGGGAGUGUCUCGUCUCUUCAGGGGGAGGUGCUCACUAACAUGAAGAAGAAAACAGUCCAGAGGAGCUACUACUAGUGGAAGAUCUUUAAGAGGAGCUACUACUAGUGGAAGAUCUUUAAGAGGGGGAGAAGAAGACCAAUAGUGUCUAUUCAGACACAAUUCAAACCGAUAGUGUCUAUUGACUCUACUCAGACUAAAGGAGAAAGCCAAAAACUUUGUUGUCGAGGAUGUCUUGGCUGUCGCCCAUGUCAUGGGCCAAGUGGACGUGGACAGCAGUCCGGGGAGCAGAGGAGGGAGAGGAGGUGGAGGGCCAGGAGGUGAAGGUGGAAGAUGGACUGCUGCCUUGUGGAGGGCAGCGAGAGGAGGAGGAAGAAGAGAGAUCUCAAGGCUGCAGUUCAGACUCAGAGGGCCACUUUGAAACCCCAGAGGCUCAGAGCCCUGUCCACGCUCCACUCCAAGUCCCAGAAGAGCUGGAGACCUUCACCACUGACAGAGCAGAUGCCCUGGAGGAGGAGGAUGAACAGCUGAUAGUGUCUGGCCCAGCCAGAGAUCCAGCUCCUAGCCUCCUAUUUAACCAGAACAUGGGUCAGGCCAAGCCCCCCUUGGUCCCUGAGGAGGAGGCCCCUGUGGACUCUAAGGAGGGGCCACAAACACUGCCCAACACCACAGACACUGCAGAGGUUCAACCCGCAAUAGCAGGCCCAUCAGCCCAGACCAAUGGAGCCGCAAAGGCCACUGCUUCUCUAGACUUAGGUCUACCUGAGGAGGAUAGACCACUGGCUACUUCACUAGACUUAGGCCUACCUGAGGAGGAUAGACCACUGGCUACUUCUCUAGAUUUAGGCCAAACUGAUGAGGAUAGACCACUGGAUACCUCUCUAGACUUAGGCCUACCUGAGGAGGUGAGGCCACUGGCUACUUCUCUAGACUUAGGCCUAACUAAGGAGGCUAGCAUUACUAAGACGCUUUGUAAUGGACACCCCAUAGAGACCAUCCCUGAACCUCAGGCCAAACCCACUAAAACCACACCCCCUUCCCUGAAGAUAAAGGGAGCUUUUUCCAGGGCUAGUGCACAGAGGGAUGGGGACAGUGAUAUCACCCUAGUCCCUAAGGCUAGAUACAACUUCAACCUGGACCAAUUCGACGGCAGCUUCAAUCCGUUCGCCAGCGGCGGCUCCAAGAUUCAGAACUCCCCGCCAGCCGAUGCCAUGCCCACACUGGGGUCGUUACCUGUACCUAGCUCCCUGCCCACACUGGGGUCGCUACCUGUACCUAGCUCCCUGCCCACACUGGGGUCGUUACCUGUAUCUAGCUCCCUGCCCACACUGGGGUCGUUACCUGUACCUAGCUCCCUGCCCACACUGGGGUCGUUACCUGUACCUAGCUCCCUGCCCACACUGGGGUUGCUACCUGUACCUAGCUCCCUGCCCACACUGGGGUCGCUACCUGUACCUAGCUCCCUGCCCACACUGGGGUCGUUACCUGUACCUAGCUCCCUGCCCACACUGGGGUCGUUACCUGUACCUAGCUCCCUGCCCACACUGGGGUUGCUACCUGUACCUAGCUCCCUGCCCACACUGGGGUCGUUACCUGUACCUAGCUCUCUGCCCACACUGGGGAUGUUACCUGUAUGCAGCUCUUCUCCACCGCUUUGUGGGACUAGUUCCUCACCUAAAAUGGAUGUUGAGGAGGUCAAAGAUUCAGCGUCGGAGGCAUCAGAGGAGCCCAAGCCUGUGGAGAUAGAGUUUGGGUUAGACGAGGCAGGCGAGGUAAAAAAAACACCGCCCAGGAGGAUGGGUAAAACGCCCGGCAGCAAGCUCGCCGUCAAGAAACCAAGGGCAAAAGCAAUGACAACAGCACCUGCCCCGACGCCGGCACCCGAACCAGAAAUAGCUCACCCGGUAGUAGAGCCGGUUUCAGAAACGACUUCCGAACCACUUUCCAUGCCAGGUCCCUCCUUAAGUUUGGACGACGUUCCUAUUCCCAAGUCCACUUAUAAAUUUGACCCCAACCAGUGGGAUGACCCUAAUUUGAUCCCCUUCUGGGGUGGUGGUGUCAAAAUAAGUAGUUCCCCGGUUUUGCCCAAAGGAUCCUACAGCUUUGAUCCUCACAACUUUGACAACUAUGUGGACCCCUUUAAGCCAUCUACAGCCCUGGGCUGCGAGAAUUCAACCUCCCGGGAUACCCCACUUCCUCCUCCAGCAGAGGAAGCAGUGAAACCAAAGCUGGAGCGGCCCCUGGAUGAGGGGAAGAGAAUGUGUCAGACUCCAAAGAAAAGCAAGGACAGGAUCAUCACGACCACUGAACAAGUGAAGUUUCUCUGUUUUCUGUUGAAUUCGUGUAAGGUCAAGAAGUAUGAAAACCAGUCCCUGGUCCUGAAUGUCUGCAAUCAGGAAGAGGAUGUGGUUGUGUCACAGGUCCAAGAAAUGCCCCGCCGCGUUCGCCAUGCCACCGAUGAGGAAAAGCUGGCUUGUAGUGAAAUCAUGAGCCAGAAAGCCAAGGAGGAGGCCGGGGUGGAGGUGGAGGAGGAAGAAGACUCAGUGUGUGCCAAAGGCCCAGCUAAAGGCCCAACCAAAGGCCUGGCCAUCACAGACAAUGUCAAAAGCCAGGCAAUGCUGGAUGGGCCACAGGCGAGGAUAACACACAAUAUGAAGGAAAAGGACAUUUGCAUUUCAAGUGAAGAGCUUUCAAUCACCCCAAGGCCAAAGUUGAUUGGCUGCAAGGGACACGAUGACAAAGGUAGUCCCUCCUCCAUGGAUACCAUAUCGCUAAAUGAGAUGGACAAAGCAGCGGUGCUCACCUUGAUCAGAGAGGAGAUAAUCACUAAAGAGAUAGAGGCCAACGAGUGGAAGAGAAAGUAUGAAGACAGUCAUAUGGAGGUGUUAGAGAUGAGGAAAAUAGUGGUGGAGUACGAGAAAACAGUUGCACAGAUGAUUGAGGAUGAGCAGCACAAGAGGAGUGUCCUGGGCUCCCAGAAGAGUGUCCAGCAGGUGACUCUGGAGCGGGACCAGGCCCUGGCCGACCUCAACUCUGUGGAGCGCUCACUCUCGGACCUCUUUAGACGUUACGAGAACAUGAAGACCAUCCUGGAAGGCUUUAAGAAGAAUGAAGAGGUGCUGAAGAAGUGUGCCCAAGAGUAUCUGGUCCGCGUCAGACAGGAGGAGCAGAGAUACCACACACUCAAGAUCCACGCUGAGGAAAAACUAGUCAAGGCUAAUGAAGACAUAGCCCAGGUGCGCUCCAAGGCCGACUCAGAGAGUGUGGCUCUUCAUGCCAGCCUGAGGAAAGAGCAGAUGAAGGUGGACUCCUUGGAGAGAGCCCUCCACCAUAAGAAUCAAGAAAUCGAGGAGCUUACAAAGAUCUGUGACGAACUAAUAGCCAAGCUCGGGACAUCAGACUGAUCAGACCUGAAAUCAUAAACGUCGGAGUUGUUGGAUGUACUGUUCCACCAACUUCUCUCCUCUCUGCCUUUCCAUUGCAGCCAAGGCUAACCAUCCCCACUGCAGCUAGCUGGUAAAUUACUGUACACACUUCUAUACAAUCUGAACCGAUCUCUGAUUUUAUUACUCAAACACAUAGCGAGUGAAUGCAGUAGUCACCCCUAUUGUUUCAGAUUGGAACAAAUUAACAGCGAAACAGCAAUGAGUGUAUAUAUAUAUAUACACAGGUA